UACAUUUUUGUUUGAAGCAACUGAGUUCACGUUUUGUGGUUUCCCAAUUGAAGUCGUAAAAUUAUUUAAAGCUAUAUGCACGGGUCAACUCGCAUUAGAGUAACCAUUGCCCGAAACAUCAAUUCGAAAUUUUAAUGUUAUUGGAAGCCUGCUAAAAUUAUAGCACUGGGAUAAUAUGUGCUCCAGGAGAAGGGUCCAUACAUGCCCUUGUGCUGUGAGAUGUGCAUGUCCCAGUUCAGCGCGAAAUCAACUAUGUCGCCCGAUGGAUGGGUUUCAUAAGCUUCAUACGCCAUGUAAAUGGUGUCGAAAGGCGCGGAUUACCGAUUGGGACUUGUGAACUAUAGCGAUAUUUUGAAUCCAAGGGGCAAGGGCUGGAACCAUUGUCGCAUACCGUUUUCUCGCGGGGACAUUUGUGAGCGUUACAUGUCCAUUUUUGAUUUAGAAGGUAACCUGCGUGAUCCAACACAUCCCAGAAGUCUGUUUAGGCUACUUCAAGUAAUCAAGAGCAUUUCAACGUCAGAUAUUGCCGAUGUUGCUGAGUCAAGACCCAUUUAUAAUUUGGCCACGAUCCGUAUUGCCAACGGAGCUCAUGGGAAUGCAACUAACAAAUCUCUCAAAAAUAUAGACCUCGAUUACAUGCAUAUAAAAAAGAGCCACGAACUGCGCCAAUUCGAUAUGUAUGCUAAGCCCGAUGUACACCCAAUCCUAAACCAAAGUCACGCUUCCAAUAAACCAAUAGAUCAUCCAUAUCAUAUUAAGAUUGAGACUGCCGAUGUGAGACGGGCCACAAUUAGCUUGCACGAUUCCGAUUUGUUGUUGGUAGAUAAGAAGGGUCGACGUCGGGGCCAAGGCAGCAAUCAGCUAGACAGCUUGCGUUUGCAUCAAAAACUUAUAUUGCAUAAAAUGCUGCGAAAGAACUUGAAAGAUGAGGAUCCGAGUCGAUUUCUUGACGCCCUGGCCAAAACGGACCUAAAUGAAUCCCAUUCAAAGCAUUUAAAACGCGUGCAAGCAGCUCAACAUAUAUCCAACUUCUAUUCGGCCAUAGUGAGCGAUGAGCACAAGCAUCGGCAUACAGUUCAAGGUCUAAAGGCAAGAAAACAGGAGCAUCGGCCAGAGUCACAGCCGGCACAAACGAAUGUACAACAACAAACGGUAAGAGAACGUAGAUACUACGGCGAAUCUCUGCCCGUGCUGUUUCACGAACCGUACGACACCAAUAAGAGAACCACCUGGUUGCGUCGUCACCCGGACCAGCUACGCAUGCAGGAGGACGGGCAAGUGGGCAUGGCCCGUGUAAGACGCUACAGACGGGAAUCAGUAAUGAAGGCACUCCAGUUAGCCCGUAAUCGAUGGUCCAUACACAGCAUAAAUAGCCCGCCGGUGGAGCCUGCUGUAGAAUCGAUAACGAGGCUACAUAAGAAACCAGAGUAUCGACGUGUAUUUUCGUCUACUAGCAGGCGUGUCAGAAAUAGUAAACAUAACCGAGUCAAUAAUACUGGUCCUAGGUAUCCAAGGGUUUCUGUUUUCAAAUAAAACUUUUUAAGCACA